GGCACUGAUGAGUGAGUAAACGCCAUUUUCUGUGUGUUGCGGGUAUAUCCUAGGAUGAAAUAAAGUGACAUUUUAUUUGUAUAACAAGUAUUUUUAAUGGUGUUUCGUGAUUAGGUGACAUGUUUGGAUAUCUGGUUAUACGAGGAGCGGAUAUGGUCUCGAGAGAUCGGUGAGAGCCAACCUUGAGGGCUGAUUGGGAGGGUUACUCAAGGUCGUAGAUCGUUAUCAUGCCGUUACCGAAGCGGUUGGUGGAACCGGUGCACGUGGCACGUGGUACGAUACCAGAUGAUUUUCCUCUGCCAUCUGAGCUAGAAGCAGCUACAAAUGGAACACUAGCUAACACCGUUAGACAACUAUCGAGUCUUUCGAGGCACGCCGAAGAUCUUUUUGGAGAACUUGCCAAAGAAGCUCAUGGACUUUUUGACCGAGCUAAUUCUCUGCAAGCAAGAAUAGAUAGGCUCGCCGUUAAGGUCACUCAACUCGAUAGCAAUGUCGAAGAAGUCUCGUUACAAGAUAUUCACAUGAGGAAGGCGUUCAAAAGUUCCGUAGUUUUCGAUCAGCAAGUCGUUUCGAGAGAUACCAUGCCAACUGUUAUGACCGAAACUUAUCAACAGUGCGACAAGCCACCCCCGCUCGAUAAACUGAACAUUUACCGAGAGGAUGGAAAAGAUGGUUUGAAAUUCUAUACAGACCCAAACUACUUCUUUGUAUUAUGGAGACAAGAAAUACUUAAGGAUACCGAAAAGAUGCUUCACGAUCGAGGAAAGAAGACCGAGUCUGAAUAUGCCGAACUGUUCAGAGAGCCGCACAGACCACGCAACGAAGGAAGCGGAGGCGGAGGCGGCAGACACAAGAAACGUGUGAGACAACCGCACAAUACCAGAGAAAGACAACGGCAAUUGGCUGUAGGUCACGGUGAAUAUAUAAUGCCGUCUCAAGCUGUACAUCAUCGAGCACCCCAUAAAAUACCCGACGAAGCAUUAGUCGGUAUGGUCAUGACGGAGCAGCGUCCUCCAAGACCAAACAGCAUCGAACUCAGAAGAAGCUAUCCAACCGAAGAACAAAACAUGUACAGUCCCCCAUCCUCCGAGCAUUAUAGAGCUACAAACUACGCAGCUCAAGGCUACGACGAGAAUCUCUAUGGUUCGCACUAUGCGCCUGGACAGAGUCAACACGGUAGCGAAACUUACCAGAGUCCCGGUGGACAAAGUACUCCGAGUCGAAGCGGCCGGUCUAGACCUUCGCAACCCCCGCCGGCUCCUCCCAGCAAUUCAUCGAGUAAUUCCACCCCGACAGUAGUGUCGGCCAAUAAUACACCAACUAGAGGAAGAUCCAUGAGUACCGGAAGGGAUACGUUGCCUCCGCCACCACCACCGCCUGGCGAAACCAUGUCCCCGCCAUCUAUGAAUGGAUCUAUACCAUCGCAUUUGCUGAAUAGAAACGGUAGCCGUUCGAACAGUCCUUUACCAAGCCAUCACUCGACCCCGACUCCGCCGAAUCAUGCCGCCCAACUCGGGGGUGAUGAUACUUGCGACCCGAUACCGCAAGAUUUACCACCCCCGCCUCCUACACCCGAUCCCACUCCACCGAGAACGGUAUCACCGCCGUGCAAUAUUCCACCACCUCCACCUCCCCCUCCGCCACUCCCCGAAACCAACGGACUGCUGUUACCGAUGCCAAUGACCAACGGAGACAUUGCCAAAAUGAUCGCGAACAAUCCACCGAAAUUGACGCCUCCCAAAAACGUGACUGACGGUGCACCGAGGAAGCCGGUCAACCCGAAUAUACCUCUAGUUGAUCCGAGAAAUGAUUUACUGAAGGCGAUUAGAGAUGGUAUCAAGUUGCGGAAAGUUGAAAAAAUUGAACAAAAAGAAGUCGAACGUGUCAACGCGUUGCACGACGUCGCUUCUAUACUGGCACGUCGAGUCGCAGUUGAAUUUAGCGACAGUGAUUCGGCGUCGGAAAGUGAAUGCGACAGCGAAGGAUGGGGAGAACAGGAGCCAAGUUUGGCGUGACCCCACAGUUUACCACCGACCGCAACUGCCUCAUAGGUAGCCAAUCGUCUCAGGUGAAUUUUGAUGAACUUUCUACUACUUUAUGUGUUCGUUGAUAAGAAAGCUUCUAAAUAAAUCCGAUUCACCUAUCGCUACACAUCCUUACAUCAUGAAACAUAAACAGAUACUUGGUACGCACACUGAAAUAUAAUAAUACUAUUGCAACGCGCGUUUCCUAUUCCUCUCCCUACCCAAAAUGAACCCAAGCCUAGUUCUCGUUCGUCAGUCAGCGCGUUUCGGUAUUAAUAUACUUGAGUCUGGUAUACGCAGGUAAGUGAGCAACCGGUCAUUUUAGACAUUCACAAUUGUAAUCGGUAAUUGACGUACGGUUUUUAUACAUCUCUUGCAUAAUAUAAUGGUAGCAACGGUAAUCGUCACAUUCGAAAGGUAAAAUGAAAAAUGGAAAACUAACGUAACUGAUUUGGAAGUAGUUCCAAUUUACUCUGAUUCUCGCAGUUCUUUCAACAAUAAGACUCGAUAAUCACAAUCAUCUACAAAUGUUCAAUUAACAUCGAAGAAAUAUAAGCAAAGUAGUGAGAAAGACAAAAAUUAAAAAAUCAAACUACAUAUUUAUUCGUAUAAUAUAGCAUCUGUGCACUCGAGCUAAAAGUAAUAAUAUGCUGUACCUAGAUGUUUUUAUUUUACAUGAAAGAGUGAAGAAAGACAAAAAAAAAAAAUCGUUGAUAACUAAAUUGCAGUAUUGUAUUUACAUACGCGUAUGUAUGCCGCGAAAACAAAUCCGUGUAAAUCAAUAUCAAUCGCCGUUGUGUUAUAACGGAAGACAUUUUUCUUCUGUCGGGAAAAUUAAACAGUGAGAUUCAAUAACGCACAUAUUAUAAUAAUAAUUAAUCGAUUAGGAGCGUUGCUUACGCUGUUGAAAAUGAAAAAGCCCAUUCGGCACAUUCCGCAGUACUAAUAGUUGCAUAGUUCAACAAUCCUACUGUAAAGCUGACUUCAUAGUACGAUGUAAUAUAGACGAAUGCUUAAUGUAAUACCCGUCAUUCGAACGGUAUGAACUACGUAUAAGCCAAGCCAAAAUGCAAAUAGAUGUCGAAGCUUGUCUUUUUUUCCUAUUUGUUAUCUCCCAUACCUUUUUUUUUUCUAUCAGAAACGUAUAGAUUGUCAAACGUCAGAUAUUAAUGCAUUUUGAAUGUUGAUAAUUAUCUGAAAAUUACAAAGUUAAAUGUAACCAUAGCGUAAAUAGUUAUAAAGUGUUUCUUAUACGAAUAAAAAUUAAAAACAAUAAAAUAAUGAUCGAAAACCAAAAUACUCCAUUAAGUGUAAGCUGGCAAAGAGUGUAAUUAUAAAAUGCGCGUACGAAAAUAAUAUUUGCUAGUAUAGGCAAAAAAAAAAUGAAAUAAAUAAAUAAUGAGAUAAUAAGAAUUUAUAAAUAAAAACCGUGUGUAUUGAAAAUCUUAUAUUGAUAUGAUAAAUAUAGCGGCCAAUUUAAAAAUAAUAAAUAAUUGUGAUUUAUUUUGCAUCGAUGUUGGUGGAUUAAGAUGAUGAAAUAGAUCUAUCGGAUAAAUAUUUAAUUCAUGCAUAAUAUCACGUUUAUCAAUUAAUAUUGGACUCUGAAUGCCAGGUAUCAUUCAUUCCAACAAUCGCAAACCUCUCAAGUGUAAUCAGACACAGAAAAAAAAAGUUGAUAAAUUGAAAAUUUUUUUGAUGAACCAGUGAAAAAAAUUAAGUUUCACAUUCCAAAUAGGACUGACAUAUAAUCUGAAAUUACUUCAUUAUAGGUUUAAUUGGAUUUUAUCAUAUUUCACUUAACACUUGAUGUGACAUUCGCGGAUUAAAUGAAUUAAUGAAUUGAUAAUAAACUGCAUUUCGAAAAUAUCGGAGGUAGCGGCAUUGUAGUAUGCGUGUAGCUAAAUAUAUGGCAACGACACAUAUAUGUACACUUAUAAUAUGAUCGUAAUUCUAACGAAAUAAUAGGUAAUAUAAUGUAUUGAUAAUUCUGUUUUAAAAAUAUUAUAUAUGUAUAUAGGAAUACAUAUACAAUAAUUACACGUACAGAUAUGAUUGAAUAAUUCUUAUACAUAUAAUUAGUUAGUUAUUACUCCACCAACUAAGUACUACAACACAGUAUUUAUGAAAAAUAAAUGAAUAAAUAACGAAUAAAAGUUUUCUAUAACAAGUGCUAUAAAAAUAAUGAUGAUGAUGACGAUGAUGAUGAUGAUGAUUAAACAGUCGAGUAGUGUACUUUCAACAAUGGCUGUUGUUGAAUAUUAUUCAUUUACAUACCGUAAAUCUUAUUCGACGUUUUUCAGUACAAUCUUCAUUUGAAAUUCACGAGUUUCUAAAUUCAUACACACACUGCACACCACGAACUGACAAAGAACUAAUAAGCUAAUUCCACCCACGACUACUUAUUUCAAGAAUACACAUAUUAUCGAUGUAUCAUGAUUAUUAUUUUAUUUGAUUUGAUUUGAUUUUAUUUUAUUAUUACUAUCAUUGUAUUAUUAUGUUUUUAGUAAAGUUUGUAGCAAAACUGUACAGAGCCAAAUAAAAGAAGAUUAAAAAAAAAAAA